UUUUAGCUGUGUUCACUCCACACCGCAGCAUGGCGACGAAAGAUGGAAAGAAAGGCCCAGCACAAAGUCCAAGUGCUGAAAACAGUCUUUCUGUGGCAUAUCUCGUUGCAUAUAAUGUUCUUCAAAUGAUAGGAUGGACUCUCUUGAUGUUUAAGCUGGUUUAUCACAUGUUCACAGAACGUACAGUGGUGGGAUUGUAUGAUGAAGUUGCUAUCUUCCUAAAUAUAUUUCAAACUGCUGCAGUUUUGGAGAUUUUCCAUUGUGCUCUUGGGUUGGUGAGAUCCAGUGUCAUGUUGACAGCUUUUCAAGUGUUCUCCAGGGUUUUCCUCACAUGGGCAGUUACAUACAGUGUGCCUUCUGUUCAGAAUUACUAUGGGGUACUUCUGUUUGUUACGGCAUGGACAAUAACUGAAAUCAUUAGAUAUUCCUUCUACUUUUUCUCUCUGCUGGGAGGCGUUCCAUAUUUUAUUGUGUGGUGUCGGUACACAUUUUUCAUUGUUUUGUAUCCAAUAGGAGUAACAGGAGAACUAAUCACCACAUUCAGUAGUCUAAGAGAAGUAGAGGAGAAGAAACUGUAUUAUGUACAGUUACCUAAUGCAGCCAACAUGUCAUUUAAUUACUUCUACUUCCUUGUAUUCUUCAUGAUUAUGUAUAUUCCAAUUUUUCCCCAGCUGUAUAUGCAUAUGCUGGCUCAGCGAAAGAAGGUCCUAGGAAACAAAGAUAAACCGAAAUCCCAGUAAAAUGGUGGUGUGAAUGAGGACUAUAAAUACAUGUGUCUCCUGUAUGAACAAAAGCAGCAGUACAAUCACAAAAUAAUUUAGCAGAACAUUUUUAUUUAUAAAACAGUCAUUUCAUUAUGUAGUGAAAAUCAUUUAUUUCAAAUUGUAAUCACUGAUUUUAAUUGUAAUUAAGACUGAGCAAAAUAUACAUGUAUUAUAAUUAUAUAAAUU